GUUUAUAUGGGUCCGCCAGCGUCAUUAGUUCCACUUUCUUAGAACCAAAAAAUAAAUUCGCAUAUCAUUGUUCUGCUUUUUUUAUAUAUUUUCUUGACCCCGAUCAUGUUGACAGUUUUACGAUCAAGUUCUUCCCGUCUGGGUUUGCGCCUGGUGCGCUGGAGCUCGACCGACAGCCCGGUCCUGCCGCCAUUGAUCACCAAGCUGAGAACCGACCUCAAGACGGCUAUGAGAGCCAAGGAUACCCCUAGACUGAACGUCGUCCGGGCUUUGAUCUCUGAAACCAACAACGCCGCCAAGACGUCCUCUCCCAUUCAGACCGAUAUUCAGCUCUUGUCUCUUAUUCGAAAACGCAUUGCCGCCUCCAAGGAAGCUAUCGAAGAGUUCAAGGUUGAGAAUCGCCCUGAGCUCCAGGAUCUUGAAGAGAAGCAAGUAACGGUCUUGGAGGAAUACGGUGCUCAGGUGGAAACCAUGAGUGCAGAUGAAAUCAAGCAGAUUGUCUCUCAGGAGGUCUCCAACUUGAAAGAGGCCGGCAAGAAGGUCGAAGUUGGCUUUGUGCUUAAGUCUCUCUUUGCUUCCGGUGGUGCGCUGGAUGGUAAGCCAGCUGAGAGAGCCGAGGUUGCCAGAAUCACAAAAGAGGCCAUUGCUUCGGCUUAAGAUGCUUAAUGCUGGCAUGUAUAAUUAUUAGUUACUUGUACUAUGACAAAAUGAGGCUCUGGGACAGUAUUUCGUCCAUGUCAAAA